GCAUAAUUAUGGGUUAUGUGGGUCAAGAAUAUUAUGCAGAUGCAGCCGGUGCUCCACACCAAGAAUUUGGUUCUGCCUUGGCCCUGUACCAGUCAGAGAAUGCAGAGAGAGAGACUUCUGCUUCUAGCAGCUCCCUCCUCAGCUGCGAGAGUGAAAACAGAAAACCUCGAGAGGGCGAAAGAACUAAUAGCUGGAAAUUCUUUUCACACGAGUAACAGCCGUUCCGCACCUAUCAGAAAUAAAGGCCCAAUCCUAUUCACUCUCAAUAAACAUUCGGAACAACGUCAUAAUACACGGCUCGGUCCUCCAGCUAAUUUCGAACCCACUCUGCAGCUGCGUUGCAUGAUGGGAGUCGUAGUUUUUCGCAAUGUCGACGUGCGGGGAGCAGAGUCAUGUCUGUUCCGCCGACCGAACGGCAGUGGUCGGUGGAGCUUCCCUUUGGCUCCUCCGCUUUUCCGUAGGUGCUUGGACGGAGGCAAGAGCCGGGACAUGAUACCACGGCUGCCCCGGCUUCUUUUCCGGACUCUUCGCUCCGCUCGCUUCGCCGCAGGGGCAGCUGGGUUCCCUAGUCCCCAGAUCCCCUGGGCGGCCCCAGAGGCGGGACGGGGAUUUCUGGGCUCCGGGGCCGUUAUGGCUGUGCAAGGGCCCUCCCUUCUCCGGGCGGAUUCCCAAAGGCUGGAAGCGGAGGAGGAGGAAGCUGGGCGAGGAAUGGGAGAAAAAGUUCAGCUUCCCCCCGCAAGCGAGCAGUUGUCACAACAGAUCGAUGGAAAACAAACUCUGGAGUGUAAGAAAAAAGAAAGAAAAAAGCAAAGGAAGGAAUCGUAUGGUUCUAAUGAUUCGACUGAUAAUUUGAUGAUGGAAAUGCCAUUUGCCAAAGCAGAUAUUGAACCUGAAUUUAGCACCUCGAGCAAAUCUAAACCAUCUGUUAAAAAGAAGAGAAAGAGAAUUACUGGAAAGGAGAGUGAAGAAGACAAUAUAAUAAAGAAGAAAAAGGAAAACCAAGACAGACCCAAUUACUUCAUUUCUGUUCCAAUCACAAAUCCAAAGAUUAUAAAUGGCAUUCAGACACUCCAGAACACAAUCAUGCAAAAAGAUAAUAGACUCUCCAAAGCAAUGAUUCAUUAUGGCUCUUUCCAUGUCACCCUCUUAGUGAUGCAUCUGUCCAGUGAAGAAGCAAUUAGCAAUGCAGUUGGUGCUUUCUUGGAGAGUGGAGGUUUAAUUGAAGAAUUACUACAAGGAAAGCCUGUGGAUUUAUCUUUUCAAGGUACUGAUCACUUCAGAAAUCAAAUUGGAUUUGUGAAGUUGACUGAGAGUGAUCACACAACCACGCUUUUAAAGAUAGCAGAAAUUGUGAAGAAGAUGUUUCAAGAAAAAGGUGUCAUCAUAGAUGACAAAGCUUUUAAGCCUCACCUGACCUUCAUGAAGUUGUCAAAAUCCCCAAAACUACAAAAGCAGGGAGUGAAAAGAAUUGAUCCAAACAUGUUUGCAGAUUUCAAGAAUCAUUAUUUUGGAGAUGAACUUAUGAAGCGCCUAGAUCUUUGUUCAAUGUUGAAAAAAAAGCAACCUAAUGGCUACUAUCAUUGUGAAUCCUCUAUUGUAGUAGGGAACAGCCCUGAAACAGCCAUAGCAAAGGAAACUUUGCAUAGAGAAUUGUUGUCCCUGUUGACCAAAGUGAAUCAGAUAAAAGAACUUUUAUCAAGUCCAUCAAUUCGGAUGAAAAUACACAAGGAACUGCUUGAACAAUGACAGCUCAGUGACAGCAUCUGGGAAAAUGUCACUGAUCCUACUUCUUUAGUGUCUUAAUUUUUAACUGCAAAUUAUACAGAUUUAUUUAUAGUAUAAAUUAUUUACAUACCCAGUUGGCAUUGCCUUUUUUUUAGAGGAAGAGACAUACCUGUAUCCAAAUAGUUGAAAGUGAUAGGAAAAUAAAUAGAUUAUAUAAUACAUAAGCACUCUUUUCUAACAUCCAUCCUAUUUGGUGAGGGGUGAGGAAAUCCAACUGAGUCAGAAGAAGGCAAAGUCUAUUGUAAGUAGGUACAUAAAGACCUCUAAUGCUACCAGUAUUUAUCAGUACAUGAAAAUACAGUGUAAUGCUGUAGUAUUGAUUGGGAAAAGUCACAAUUUGUGACAUGAUUAAUCUCAUCCUAUGCAUUUUUUGCUGGCACAGGAAUGUCAAUGGACAAGAUUUAGAAGCAGACUUUCAUUGCUUAGAGUAUAACAUUUAGUGCAAAUGAAAAACUGAGUUAGGGACUCUACUAUGUGGAGUGGAAUUGCAUGCACUGGUCUCUUGAAUGAAUUAUCUCAUCUCAUUAGCCUUAUGUUUUGCUUUAUUUUUCUUACCAUUUACCAUGUAGAUCAGAUCAUGUUCUCUCUUAGUCCAUGUUUAUGCUAUGAUAGAUAAUACAAUUGAUUUUUUUCUAUAGCUGUAAACUUUAUAACAAGGCAACAAGUUCUAUUAAGUGGCUUUAAACUGUACCACUUAGAAGAACAUUUUGUAUUAUCUUCCUGUCUUUUAUCUAUUUAUGGUAACAUUUUGUUUUUGGACUGCUUAUUUUUUUAACACAUCAGAAUUUGAAAUAUUAUGUACAGAUUCUGACAUACAGCUUUUGCUAUUGUUUACAUGCAAAACAAGAUGGUUUAAAAUGUUUUAAUAUUUAUUGUAAAAUUGCAGAUGGUCUUUAUUUAAUCAUUUGUUACGAGUAUGCUGAUUUUAAAAAGAGGAAAAAAAAUUCAAUGACUUUUGUGAACAUAGUUUCUGAAAUUUGAAAAGGGCUAAAAAGGGGGGGGGGAGUAAGACAAUUCAUAUUAAUAUUUAUACAAAGUGUAUUUUCUCUGAAUGCAGAUUUGUGCUUCCAACAGAAUUAUAAAAAGUAUGUGGCAUGCUA